CAAAAUUCAAAUAAUUUUUGUAUUCAAUUAAAAUAUGAAUUAAUAGAUUUAUUUAUAUAUCUUGCGGAUUUAUUUUCAUCAAUUAUAGUUAUAUGAUUUAUUUGAUAAAUUAUAAUAAAAUGACAAUAUAAUCAAUUAUAUAUACGUUUAAUUGAAUACAAUUAUAAAUUAACUAAUAUUCAUGCAUAUGCAUCAUGUUUAUUUUUACUUGAAAGUCAUUAGUUUUACUUAAAUAAAUUAUAUAAUAGAAGAAUUAAAUAAUAAUAUAUAAAAUGAUAAUUUAACACAAAAAAUUAUAUCAAUUAGUCUUGAAAGACUUUUAAUAAUUGGUCAAUAUCCUAAAAAUGAUAUAUGGCAUUUAUAUGAAAUACGUGCACGUAUUUAUACAUUAUUACAACGAUCAAAUGAAAAUACAAAUUCGUUAAAUAAUGAACAUGUUAAUGAAGAACAAAGAAUGAUUAAUAGUUCAUCAAUAAUAUCAUCAUCAGAUAAUAUUCUUGUUGAACUUGUUGCAGAAUAA